AUGGCCUCCGCCGACCCACCGUCCACCUUUCAACCCAGAAUCCGCGAUGGCAUGAUCGUCGUGCGCCGCCGAGGUGCGAUGAAAGACGACGCGGCCAUUUCCUGGGCUGGCAACUACUUCUUUCCACAUGGAACCAAUGAAGCCAUUGGCAUGGACUACCCUGCGUUCCUUGCUGACCUGGAAGCCCGCUUUCAGUACGACCCGGAUCUUGAUGAGAUCCAAUUCCAGGUACCCUCCCCAUACCGACGCAUUGGUCUGGACCCUGCCCGGCCCGGCGCAAACAAUAUCCAAAACCUCCAGCCUCAGAUGGGUAUUGUUCGUACCUACAAUCAGUGGGUCGCAGCGUUGGGGGCGAUGCAAACCUCCCACCUGAUCCGGGAAUCGAGUAUUGAAUACGUACUCCGGAAUGGGAUGGUCACUAGCUCUGUUCGUCACAGAGUUCGACCUGUGCCUGCGGCACAGUUUUUCAUUGUGCGAGCUCCAGACGCGGAAAACUCGAACCAGGAGGGAGGUGACAACAGUGGUCAAGUUUAA